GGUCCCUUCACCCGGGCUCCGCUCUUGCCUUCUCCACACUUGUUUGAUUUAUGAGGAAUCCAAGAUGAAUUUAGAGCAGGAGAGGCCAUUCGUCUGCAGUGCCCCGGGCUGCUCUCAGCGCUUCCCAACAGAGGACCAUCUGAUGAUUCAUAGGCACAAGCAUGAAAUGACUUUGAAGUUCCCCUCAAUAAAAACAGACAAUAUGUUAUCAGAUCAGACUCCAACUCCAACGAGAUUCCUGAAGAACUGCGAGGAAGUGGGACUCUUCAAUGAGCUGGACUGCUCCCUAGAACAUGAGUUCAGGAAGGCUCAGGAGGAGGAGAGCAGCAAGCGGAAUAUCUCGAUGCAUAACACAGUUGGUGGGGCCAUGGCAGGGCCCGGAGCUCACCAGCUUGGCAGCACCCGGAUGCCCAACCAUGACACCAGCGUUGUGAUUCAGCAAGCCAUGCCGUCACCCCAGUCCAGCUCUGUCAUCACACAGGCACCUUCUACCAACCGCCAGAUCGGGCCUGUCCCAGGCUCUCUAUCUUCUCUGCUACAUCUCCACAACAGACAGAGACAGCCUAUGCCAGCCUCCAUGCCUGGGACCCUGCCCAACCCGACGAUGCCGGGUUCUUCUGCCGUCUUGAUGCCAAUGGAGAGACAGAUGUCAGUGAACUCCAACCUCCUGGGAAUGCAAGGUCCAAAUCUGAGCAACCCCUGUGCUUCUCCCCAGGUCCAGCCAAUGCAUUCAGAAGCCAAAAUGAGGUUGAAGGCCGCGUUGACUCACCACCCUGCUGCCAUGUCAAAUGGGAAUAUGAACACCAUGGGACACAUGAUGGAAAUGAUGGGCUCCCGGCAGGACCAGACGCCACACCAUCACAUGCACUCACACCCGCAUCAGCACCAGACACUGCCAGCCCAUCACCCGUACCCACACCAGCACCAGCACCCAGCCCACCACCCUCACCCUCAACCCCAUCACCAGCAGAACCACCCACAUCAUCACUCCCACUCCCACCUCCACGCGCACCCUGCACAUCACCAGACCUCGCCACACCCACCCCUGCACUCCGGCAACCAAGCACAGGUCUCACCAGCGACACAACAGAUGCAGCCAACCCAGACAAUACAGCCGCCCCAGCCCACAGGGGGCCGCCGGCGAAGGGUGGUGGACGAAGAUCCCGACGAGAGGCGGAGGAAAUUUCUGGAACGGAACCGGGCAGCUGCUACCCGCUGCAGACAGAAGAGGAAGGUCUGGGUGAUGUCACUGGAAAAGAAAGCAGAAGAACUCACCCAGACAAACAUGCAGCUUCAGAAUGAAGUGUCCAUGUUGAAAAAUGAGGUGGCACAGCUGAAACAGUUGUUGUUAACGCAUAAAGACUGUCCAAUAACAGCCAUGCAGAAAGAAUCACAAGGAUAUCUAAGUCCAGAGAGCAGCCCUCCUGCCAGUCCCGUCCCAGCUUGCUCUCAGCAGCAGGUCAUCCAACACAAUACCAUCACCACUUCCUCUGCCGUGAGCGAGGUGGUGGGAAGCUCCACCCUCAGUCAGCUUACCACUCACAGAACAGACCUGAAUCCCAUCCUUUAAAAUCUGCCGGUGGGUCAGACCUUGCCUCCAAGAAGAGCUGUCGCAUAUCAUGCGUCCUUUCUUUUAAGGGCAUUUUUAGAAUUAACUCAGACCUGGAAGACUCCUCAGCCCUUCAGAGACUGGCUUUCAUUUUUAUAGUUAUUAUGGAAAUGUCGUCUUUUAUACUUAGUUAUAUAAGAAAAAAAGGGAGUUAUGCAAUUAAUUAAUCUGUCAGCUUGGGAAAUGCUUUGGUGCUUUUCUCCAAUUUUCUGGUACCAGUUAACUUGUUUAUAAACUGAACUCUUUCUGUAUAUAGACACAGUUUCAUUCUUAUCAGUCCAUCCCUUUGCUUGAAACAUCAAACCUUGUUAACCGCAGCUUUUAGCCAAAAUGAGGCAUAACCUAGAUGUCACGUAAAUGGAUGCGAGGUAACUGGGUGGUGAGUCUCAUGACAUUGUAACACACGUCGGGUUUGUGCCGUGAUGUCGCCAGAAUUCCAGAUAAACACAGAGCCUUUUCCAUAAUUUUGUCUCUUCCUACAAAAAAAAUCAUAAGACCCACUGAUGUCCAAAUAAAGCCACCGAGCAUCUCACCCCCCUCCACCUCCUCCCCUUGGUCCUCUUCCUUGAAUUAUCCUCUGAUUUCCUCCAAUCUUCCUUUCCAUUUCCACUUUUUUCCCGGGCUCCCUAUGAACUCUUUAUUUUUACUUUCUGCUGUUUUAUGUUUCCCCCUUUAGAAUUGCACAUAAAGAAGAAAA